CCAAAAAUAUUACACAUGCAGCGAUUCAAGUUUCGUGUAAAAAUUUAAGUGGAAGCCAGAAUUAAGAUCGAUAAAUUGUUUGUUGAUAGAAUAAAGUGACCAUGCUUUACAUUCUUUCGAAUACCUUUUCCAGCCAAAAGUGAGCAUUAAUUAAGAUCUUGUUAAUUAUGACUACACAUGUCGUUUUCAGAUCAGCUUUCGAGUAAUUAUAGGAUCAAGAAUAUAUCUGUAUUUCCAAUGAAAAUCUCGUAAUAUCCAUUCUUUUUCAGAAAUCGGAUUGUUUUUAAGUCACUUUCCACAUAAAAUUCCGUAUUCGGAAUUUCCGUGCAGGUAUAUAUGAUAUUCGUUUUAUGGCGAGAGGUGUAUACUUCCGUUCGAGGAAUCGCAUGUAUACCGGGCAACGACAAUGAUAAAGUGCUGCCGUUUUCAAAUGAUUCGUAUGUACGGUACACUCUCUAGCACACUCCGACGUGAUGACUCCAUUCGCAAGCUAACCAUUGUGCAUGAAAUCGUGAGCUGAAUGUAUUAUUGAUGUUGUCUUGUACAUAUGGGUUUAUAAAUUUAUGAGCGAGAUGCGUCACUGUGCUCCAUAAAUUUCACGCAUCAAGGAUGUUGCUUAUCGCCGUGUUGCUCUUGGUAGCUUCGUUGUGCGUAGCACAGUCACCUCACAACACAUGCGAUGAUCCAAACUUCCACAGUCUGGAGACCGAUGAAUCUAAACGGCUUGCUUGCGGUCCAGCAUUCCAAAACAGGUGCUUCUGCCACAUGACGUGCUACGAGGGUCGGAAUCAGCACGUCGUUAACUGCACCGACGCCGGUUUCAAAAAUACUGAUCCCCUGGAACAUCUGCCAAAAAAUACCAGAGUGUUAAUAUUUACUGGAAACGAUUUGGGCGAGCUACCUUGGAACGUUUUUGGUACUUUGGACGCUUUACCCGAGCUACGAGUAAUCGACAUGUCACGUAAUAAGAUCAGGGAAAUUGCGGGCAAGACUUAUCACCACGUUAAGCAUGUGGAGCAGCUGUUCUUGGACCACAACGAGCUCUCUUUAGAUGAUGGGAAGAAUCAUCCGCGGAUAUUCUCGAACUUCGUGUCACUCCUCGAGCUGCAUUUAACUGAUGCUUUUGAAGACGGUGCUCCAGUACAAUUGGCGAAAACUCUUCACGAGAUAUUCGGCAACAGCAAUCUGUCGCUACUGAUGAAGUUACAUCUCGAGCAGAAUGAAAUAUCCGUUUUCCAUGACCCCAACGUCUUCUGCGAUUUGCCGAGCCUGAUGCACCUUUACUUAAGCAGCAACUCCUUAAGCAACCUUCAUUUCAAUCUCACCUGCUUGCCAAAACUUCAAUUUCUUGACCUAGAAAAGAACAACUUCACCCACGUUCUCGAAAGGGAUCUUCACACCCUGGACCACUUGGCAAAGGAGAAACGAUCGAUGACCGUUGAUUUCAGCACAAACCCAUUUCAAUGUGGCUGCAAGUUGAAUCCGUUCGUUCGAUGGAUGAACAAGACUAGAGUAAUCGUUAGAAACAGGAAUUACCUUCGGUGUAAUAAUAGUCCAAGUCUUCAGAAGUUUUAUGAAGAGAAGCAUUGCUAUUCAAACCUUGGAGCUUCAGGAUAUCGGGGAACUACCGUCGCAUUGUGGCUUCUCUCAGUGCUUCUCGUCGUUCUGAUCUUGGCUUUGAUUUAUGUGCAGAGGGUAGAGCUGAGGAAAAAACUUGAACCGGUAAUAGACUCCGUUAGUAAACGAGUCCGAUACACAUCGAUAGCAACCGGUGAAACACGCGAAAUGGGCGUCUGAGCCGAAAUAACAACAAGAGAAGAAGAACUGGAGGACGCAGAGAUCAUCGGUUAUAAUAAUUUAAUACGCCAUUCGGGUGCCGUCAUCCUUGGCCGCUGUAACUGAGAACAAUUGCGUUGAACAGUCAUCUUCGUUGUGCAUGCGAUUGUGAGAGAAAUUGAGAUGCAGACACAAUUCUACAUAACAUCGAUUACCAUGCAAGGGUAGUGCGAUAAAUAAAAACAAAUUUUGAAAUUUGAGUAAGUAAUACGGUGCAAAAAAAGAAAAAUUCGUAAAAACUUUCACGUUCUUGUCUGUUUGACUUCACCAGUUUUCUGAUUGACAGUUAAAAAAAUUGCUCUUGCUUGUGAGUAAUACAUGUAACUCAUGUAAGAAAAGAUGACUGAAAACGUAUUAGGCAUAAAUUUAUACUGACAAUCGACUUGCUUCUGAUGAAUGUCUGUUAUGAAUCCCAACAGAGUGAUUUGCUUUAAAAAGAUAUUUUGGCAACUUUUCUCGCAA